AUGAGCCUGCUGCCGACUGAGGGUCCUCGGGACUUGGUCGAGGCGUUGGCAGUGAGCCCAUUUUACCAUCUUCUUCCAAAUCGGGAAAUAACUCCGCUCCUUUCGUACUUCAGUACAGAUCAUCCAGCACCCCAUGUCCACAUACAAUCAAAUCAGCGGCUCAAACGCCUCAUGGACCGAGCGAUAGAGGCAGUUAAUGAAGAUGCUGACGCGUAUAAAGACGCGAUUGACGCGAUGAUGAAAACUUUUGGGAAAAAUGACGACGUCAAGUUGGAAAAUAUCAGGUUCAAGAAACCCGUGAUCGCUAGUGAAGGGCUUGGUCAACCGUGUGUGCCCUCACUACCCCCAUUGUAUGCUCGAGUCCUUGAAUCAGUUCCUGAUGUGUCUAAUGAUAGCCUUGUGGAGCAAACUGCUGACCUUAACGGGCCACAAUUGAGCCAUAUCGAUGGUGCAGCUUCUGCAAAGAAAUACGACCUACUAAUCGCCGAGGAGAUCGAGCGACAAUUCUCAAGCCAGAAACGCAAUCUAAAUAUCUCCUCCCUGAAGUCCAGAAAGCGUAUCCAUCUUGAUUCAGAGCAGCUCACCGAUUCGACCAUUGCAGGCAUAGUCGAUCUUAUAGACAAGGUGGGCCUCGAUGAUGCUGACGAAGUCAUUGAUACACAGGUAUGCUCAGUGGAGGGUAAUAAGCGUCUUCUAAGUCUGGAAGCCACCCGCCUGUUGCUCCAUCAUUUUACACGAUUGGCAGAAGCACACAGAGUCCCAGAGUUGCACCUGGAUUAUAUCAGAAGAACACAACGGCUUUGUCUCAAUCUCAUCAAGGAUGCCGAGUUUGCAACAUUGAGGUCACUCCAGGCUACAAGACUACUUCUAAUUAUUAUUUCUGCGAGUGGGUUGGAGAAGCGCCUCUACACUGAGACUUAUAUCUCAAGUGUAGUCGACUAUGUAUCGACUGUGCUCAUGGAAUUGAGUACUACUGAUGAGAAUGCCUUUGACGAAAAGGCUUCUUUUAUCACCAAACUUUUCCAGGAUCUAACGAAAUACGUCAGCUCAGCGACUACAGAUGAGCGAAUUCUCACAAAGAUUGAAUACUCGUGCCUCGAUGUCAUCUUUGGUGAGGCCAAAGAGUCAACGGAUAUUUGUUUUUCCCUGAUUCAGCUUCUUGUGGCCAUAUUUCGGACCUAUGAUCACCAGCGUCAAUUCCUUGUUCACGAAAUUUUGAACAAUUUCAGUCGAAUCGAGCGUCUGGGCCAAUCCACCCAGCUUUCAACAUCUCAGGGUAUUACAGUGUCUUCAUUUACCAUGUCGCUUGUAAAAUUCAUCCAGUCCAUCGAUCUGGACUACCCUCACACUGAAAUCAAUGAGUACACAAAACUUCCCAAGUCUUCAAACCCCACAGCUCAAGUGAACAAAAAACGUCAACGUAUUCUAGAUAAUCUUGCAGGCAAGUUCACGGAAGUGAAGCAUCUUGCCCACAUGAUUGCGUCGUUUUGCACCGAGAAGCUUAUCUCAUCGGAGACCAAAUACAAGACCGCAUUGAAUAUUCUCCUAGAUGACCUUCUCAAUCUUCUUGUAUCUCCCGAAUAUCCAGGAGCGGAAACGAUCUUGGUAUCCCUUACUACCCAAAUUAUUGAAGAAUUGACCAGUGGCUCGAUCCAAAGCUCGAAUGAACCUCUCGCACUUGAUAUAAUUGGACGUGUUGGUAUAAAUAUACUCAAGCUCAAGAAGGAAAUAGGCGUUGUUGCAAGUGGCUGCUCUGAGCCUCUUGAAAUCUUACAACUUGCUGAUCUCACUGCUCAAAGCAUGCACCUAGUUGCAACCAAUAGGGAUUACAUCAAAUGGAGAACGUUGUCAAAACUUGCUGCUAUCUCCUCUAGGGAGUCCUCUGGAACCUCUCGACAUGGCUAUUUCCAUUCAAGCCCGGACAAAAAACCACGAGUUUCAGACGCAGAAUCUGCUGUUCACGAGGCAGUUGAUCUCUUGUUCUCACAAACGACACCUUCUACUGGCAAAGGUGAGCUGGCCUCAUAUAAAAAACUCAAUCUUAUGCAUUCUCUAGAUGCGUGCUACGAUGAUUUUUUGAAUUUGUUAACACAUACCCUAGAGAGCCCAAAAGUACGACUCAGUACCAAAGCAAUCAAGGUCUUGUCUAGCUUGGUCAAUUUGGACCUGGAUAUUUUCAAGAUCCCGAAAAUCACUGUGUCCAUUUCCAGGCUUCUAGAGAGUAACGCAGCACUGUCAAGAGAUGCUAUCAUAGAUUUGCUCGCAAAAUUUAUUUCUUCCAAUACUGAUUUAUUAGAGAGGUACUACAAACCUAUUUGUGCUAGAACUGGGGAUGAGAGCGUGGCCGUGAGGAAAAGGGUCAUCAGAAUCAUGAAGGAAUUUCUUGAUCUCACUUCAAACGUCGAUAUCAAAUCUCAUUUUUGUAUGAGACUUAUGAGAAAUUUGGAAGAUGUGGAAGAGAAUAUGAGGGAACUUGCUCAGGAAACGUUGUACAGAAUCUGGUUCCACUCAUCUCUGACUGCAAGCCGCAAAGAUGUGAUACUUAUGAUGAUACAGGUGAUCACACACAGUUAUCAAAGUCAGCGCUUGUUCGAGCAUUUUAUUCUUUCGGACGUCAAAGAGGGGAAACUUUUAAUCAAGCAAGAUCAGUUAGCUCCACUUGCAGAGACAACUUUGGCAAUUGCCACUGAUUUGAUUGACACAGAAGACCAAAAGAUGGCUGAAAAUUCAUUGAAACUUCUUUCUAUCUUUGCUAAAAUUGAUAUGGAUAUCGUGGCUCAAGAUAGUCUCCUCUCGCUUCUACCUUACUUGUCAAUGGCAGAUUCUAGCGAAGAUGUUUGUUUUUACUCCCUUAAGAUAAUACGGUCUGUUUCUGCUCGAAGUCCAGCAUUCAGCGAGGGAUUCACAAGAGAUCUUCAGGACAUUCUUCUCAAAAGGUUGACAAAGUUCAAUGUUCGGGAGCUCCAUCAAGCUGUCCCCAUUUUGAAUGACUUAUGUGAGCGAUCCAAUUCGCAAAAUAGGCUAUCUAACGCCAUAGCAUCUUGCAUCAAAUUGUUGGGAAGCCGCAUCGGCAAGCCCGAGGAACUGGAUCAGAAAAUCCUCGUCGUAAAGCUAUUGCAGUUAUUCGGCUGUUUUGGGGCAUUUUGUGACCUUGAAGGCUCGAGAGAUCUAAUUGAGAAAGCUAAUGUGGGACUCAAAUGCGAUGAGACGGUCACCAGCCUCCUUAUGAGAUUUACAUUGCAUUUCUUGAAGGAAGAUAAAGGAUUAUCUACGCGAUCGGCCGCAAUGAAGAGUCUCUUGUUGAUUUGCACCUAUCAUCCAAAAAUGUUUCUACUGAAGCCAGUUAUGAGACUUCUCAAUGCUGAAUUUGCGAAUGGCUCUUAUCGAAUGAAAUUAACCAUCUUGGAAGGGUUCAAUUCAUUUUUACUGAAGGAGGAUGAUGAUGCUGGAAAGCGUAGCUUAGACGAGACACAUUCAUCUGAAAAAAGACUCGAUGUUGAAGUUUUUCAUGGCACUUCACACAACUAUAUCAAUGACAGUGUAUGUCUGAGUCUCAUUCAAAGUUUCAUUACUCCUGCUCUCGAGCUUUGCUUACAAGAUGCCAGUCCUUUGUCACUUACACCAGUAAGGUUUCUCGAACUCAUAAUGAAACUUGGGUUUGCCAAUCCAAAAGUAUGCGCUCCAACAAUUAUUGCAUUGGAAGCAUCGCCAAACAAGUUUGUGAGGAAAAUUGCAUUUGGUCUCCAUAAGCAGAUAUUCGAGAAGCACGAAUCUUUAGCUGACAGGAAUUAUGUUGAAGCUUUCAAACUAGCAGUCAACUAUAACAAAAAGGUGGGUGGUGAUAAUAUUUGGCAGAAUGUUCUGUUCCUCAGGUCGGUCUACAAAGUAGUCAGCAGAAGCUACUCGAGCAAGAAGAGAUUAAUCCUGUCUCUUGUACGUCUAUUUACGAUUGAUACGUCGGUCAGUGACUUGCAAGCCAGCAUAAACACCAGAGACACGAUUCUAUUCCUUGUUCUCAACCUCUCUGUGUUGCCAUUCCUGUCGCUCGAGGAAGUCUGUCUUGUGUUGUAUCAUUUGGACAGGAGUAUUACUCAUGAGGGCAUCGAAUUAGCAGACAGAGUCUUCUCGACAGUUGGAUCAAAUAGCGGAGAAGGAAUGUCGGUGGACAAUCUCCAACUCCUCUUUGUCCACUCCCAGUGCUAUCUUGCGUUGAUUUAUCUUCGUCAGACACUCGCAGCGGCCUUUGCAGUUUCGAAUAACCAGUCACGCUUAUUGACUUUCCUCUUGAGAAUCUAG